AGCCCAGAAUCCCCUGUCCUACCAUCGGACACGGAGGCAGAGGAAAGUCCCAGCUCCUCCCUCAGCCUACAGAUAAGCAGCUCCAGGAUGCUGAAGGGGGCCCAAGGGACAGGGGAGAUCCAAGAACCUAUGCUGCCGCCUCCACCUGCUGCUUUUGCUGAUGCUUGCAAUGAUAAGAGAGAAACAUUUUCAAGUCAUUUUGAGAGGCCCUACACCCAGUUCAAAGCCGAACUCCCAUUAACAGCCCAAGGAUUUCUGGAAAAGAGUACUGUCUUCCACAAAAUCAGUGCUAAACCUCCAGAGAGCAUGCUGAGUGAAGUGCAUGAGAGAGCUUUACAGCAGCGCCCUCAGACUCAGGGAAGUUUGCUAGAAACACGGGAGGAGAUGCAUGUUUAUAAUAAUGCCACUAAAACCCGAGAUAGCCUGCAUGCUUCCCCUGAUGCAUCCUCCAGCCUCCAGUCUCAAUCAGACACCAGCUGGUGCUAUCAGAGGCAAGUGGUUCCCCGAGAAGAGAUUAAAAGUACAUCAGCAAAGAACAGCAUGGUCACCCUAGCGGACCAGGCACCUAAUUUCUCCAGGCUCCUGUCUAAUGUAACUGUUGUGGAAGGUUCUCCAGUGACUUUGGAAGUUGAAGUAACAGGAUAUCCAGAGCCUACACUGACAUGGUACAAGAAGGGCCAGAAAUUGUCUGCAGAUGGGCACUUACAGGUUUUGCACAAGGAGACAAGACAUUCAGUGUUCAUUCCGAAGGCAAAUGAGAAGCAGGAACACAGGAAUACAAGAAGUCAGGACCAAGAAGAGUAAAAAAUAGUACCAUAAGCUUUCAGAACCACCACUUUUCAAAGUGAGCCAGAGGACAGUGCAGUAGCUAUAUUUU